GGAUUACGGCGCGUUUUCCCCUCCAAAAGUUGUAAUCGAGACGCGUUCCAUUUUACUUUCGCAACAUCCUUCACUAUCAAUUAACAAAGCUGAGAAGUGACUCUCAUCUCGCAAACAAACCAGCCAAAUAAUACUCGUCACAAACCUACUACCUUAAAUACAAAAUCGUCUAUACUUUGCUGCGACUACGUCACCAUUACGUGAACUACAUCAGCCUCAUAUUAUGGGACGAUUGCAUCUCAGUCCAGUAAUAUUAGGACUCUAAUCCGUCAUCAUGUCUAAAAUUGACAAGCUGUCUAUCUUGGGUGUCCGGUCUUUCAGCCCUAACGACAGACAGACCAUACAGUUUAAUACCCCUCUAACCCUGAUCGUUGGAUACAAUGGUUCUGGUAAAACUACUAUAAUCGAGUGCCUCAAAUAUGCUACAACCGGUGAUCUUCCUCCUAACAGCAAGGGAGGAGCUUUUAUCCACGAUCCAAAGCUAUGUGGAGAACGCGAAGUCUUAGCACAGGUUAAGCUCAAGUUCAACGUCCCUCCCGAAACCACCUACGUUGUUACUCGUAACCUGCAGCUCACCGUAAAGAAGACCGCGAGAUCCCAGAAGACCCUCGAUGGAACUCUCCUCACCAACCAUGCGGGAGAGAAAGGCUCAGCAUCUUCCCGAGUCGUCGAUCUCGAUACCGCCGUUCCUAAAGCCCUCGGUGUUGCCGCCGCUAUCCUCGAUUCCGUUAUAUUUUGCCACCAAGAUGAAUCUCUAUGGCCCAUGAGCGAGCCCUCGGCUCUCAAGAAGCGGUUCGACGAGAUUUUUGAAGCUAUGAGAUAUACCAAGGCCAUCGAUAACCUAAAGAUGCUGAAGAAGAAGACCGGAGACGAUCUGCAGAAACUAAAGAUCCGAGAGAGCCAAGAAAAAGUCAACAAAGACAAGGCUGAGAAAAGCGAGAAGCAGGCGCAGGCCUUGGAGGCCGAGAUAGAAGUACUACGGGUCAAAUUUAAGGAAACCAAGGAAGAAAAGGAAGUAGCUGAUCAGAACGCUCUAGAGAUGCACCAGCAGGCGAACAGUUUCCUCAACAUUGUCAAUGAGUUGGAGAGUAACAGGCGCGAACUUGGCUAUCUACAGCAGAAGUUAGAAGAGACAAGAUCUAGAAUGGAUGAGAUGGAUAAAACCGACGAUUGGCUUCAGGAUACUUUGGCUCAGUACGAAGACCGAGUCUCCAGAUAUGAAGGUGAGCUUGAAGGAAAUAUCAAACAGUAUGGGCAAUACCAAAAGGAGUUGUCAAAGUCUCGUCGGGACAUGGAUGAGAAACUAGCGGAGCGAGGCAUGCGCCAAUCCGAUGAAGCAAAGUAUGAACGUCAGCUCGCCUCGCGCGUCGAACAAAUCCACCAAUCGGCUCAAUUACAUAGCAUUCGUGGUUUCGAGGGAGAUUUGGAUGAUCGUAAAGUCCAGGCAUUUCAAGAACGAAUCCAGAAACUUCUAGCAGACAAAAAGCGCGAGCUUGAAAGCUUGCAGUCUGAAAAUGCCGAAGAGCUUGAUAACAAAAGAGCUGCAAUCGUCGACUUAGAAAGCCAGAAGAACCGCCAUAGCCAGAGCCGUAUUUCUGCAAGGCAAGAAAUCAGUAAGAUCGAGAGACGAAUUGCAGCCCUGCAAAGAGAUCUUAAUUCGGUACAGGUUGAUGAGGGUAGCAAAGCACUACUCGACUCUUCUUUCAAAGAUGUAGAGAAGCGACUUGGAGAAGCUACCCAAGACUUGGCAACUUCGGAUUUCGAUGCAAAACUACAGCAGGAGGAAAAUAAGCUACAGCAACUCGAGGUGGAGAGUAGUCGACUUGGUCGCGAGCUCGUAGAAUCCACCAGACUUCUUGCCGAUCGAGCUCAACUCGACGUCCGCAAGACAGAAUUGGUUGAGAAGAAGCGAAAGUUAGACACUCUUACUAAUACGUGGAACGACAAGAUGUCCAGUAUGAUUGGAAGCGCAUGGCAACCCUCAACGAUCGACCGAGAGUUUCAAAAGACACUGCAGCUGAAGACCCAAGCUUAUGAAGAGGCAGCCCGAAACCGCGACGAUAUCGCUCAACAACUCAAACAGAUACAAUACACAUUGUCAACCUCCCAAGAGAAGGCUAGAAAGCGCAAUGACGAAAUAGACCGAUGCAAAUCUGCAGUUCUCGACGCGCUUAAAAAGGCAGAUCCUACCACUGAACCAACAGUGGAUAAAUUGCCUAAAGAAAUGGAACGUCUGGAAGGGGAAAUCCUCACGUUAGAGACAGAUAUUGUUCUUUUCGACCACUUAAAGGGUUACUAUCAGUCGUGUGAUGACGUACUCAAAAGGCAAAACCGAUGCAAAUUAUGUGAUCGCACCUUUGUCGAUGCAAACGAUAAGUCGCGAAUAGUCAGGAAAAUCAGGGAAGCUCUCCAAGACGACAAAAAGGAAGACCUGCAACACGAUUUAGCUGAGUUUGAACAGCUAUUGGGGAACCUUCAAGCGGUUCGCCCAAAGAGAGAAUCGUAUGUCAGACUCAUGUCAGAGAAGGAAGAGUCGGACAGAGAGAUCCUAGUUGCUAAAGAGAGAGAAGAAAGCACGGUUCAACGCGUUGAAGAACUAGAUGAACUUGUCAGGGGAAGACUAGAAGAAAAGCAAGACCUAGAAUCGAUGAGCAAAACAGUUCACAACAUCUCCCAGACAUUCAACGAAAUUGAGGAAGCCGAGGCUCAAGUUGAGAGAAUUAUGUCUCAACAACAAUCAAGUGGCACCGUUCGAAGCACUCACGAUAUCCAUGAGCUACAGGAUAAAUGUGCCGAACAGAUGAGGGCAGUGAAGAAUGAUAUCUCUAAGUUGUCUACUGAUAAACAUCGCGUGCGGGACCUGAUAAACUCGCUUGAGCUUGAGCGGAGUCGAUUAAGCAACAGGAUUAACGACGCAGCCCGGCAGCUUGAGAAAAAGAAAAGUUUCCAAGAUCAGAUUCAGGCUCAGAAGGACGAUAUAAGCAAGCAAAAAGAGGCCAUCCAGGAAGCAGAUAAGGAGCUAGGAUUGAUCGAACCCGAGAUUACCAAGGCUAAAACCAUCCGAGAUGACGCUCAGCAGAGGGGACGUGUGAAAGAGAAGAGAGUUGCCGAUGAGCGAGAUGGGCUUGCAGCCUCAGUAAGUGAGCUCAAGCUAGUCAAUAGUGAUAUCGAAGACUAUCUAGAUCGAGGCGGACCAUCACUCCUUGCUGCGACGGAACGGGCAAUACAAAUCCUUGACAAUGGCAUUAAACGUAUUGAAAAAGAUAUGAACGAUCUGACCGCACGAACCAAUAAGAUCAAGGAGGAAAUUGGUAACAGCGAGAGUAGAAGAAAGAAUAUUAUCGACAAUCUCGCCUACCGUAAAACUCUUCGAGAUAUCGAGAAAUUCAGACGAAAUAUCGAAGAGCUGGAGUCUCGUAAUGCGAGCCAAGACUAUGAACGACUUGACCAAGAAGCCAGAGAUUGGGAGUCGAAAAGCCACUUACUGAACGCGGACAUCGGUUCACUUAAAGGACAGAUGAUGAGUAAAGAUGGAGAGCUAGGCCGAUUGUUGGAAGAGUGGGAAAUCUACUACAAGAACGCGGCCCAGCAGUACCGCGAAAUUCAUAUCAAGGUAGAGGCGACUAAAGCAGCAAUUGAAGAUGUAGGCAUGUACGGUACGGCACUCGGCAACGCCAUUAUGCGAUACCAUGCUAUGAAGAUGGAAGAGGUGAACCGGAUUGCGGGCGAGCUGUGGCAGAGCACAUACCAAGGCACCGACAUAGACACAAUUCUAAUCAAGUCGGACAGCGAGGUCACGACAGGCCGUAGCUCAUAUAAUUACCGCGUAUGCAUGGUCAAGCAGGACACGGAAAUGGACAUGCGAGGCAGAUGUUCGGCCGGCCAAAAGGUGCUAGCAAGCAUCAUUAUCCGACUAGCACUAGCCGAGUCCUUCGGCAUCGGCUGUGGGCUUAUCGCUCUCGACGAACCCACCACAAAUCUCGACCGAGACAACAUCCGAAGUCUCGCCGAGAGCCUGCACGCCAUCAUCCAAAACCGCAAGGCCCAGGCCAACUUCCAACUCAUCGUCAUCACUCACGACGAAGAGUUCCUGCGGCAUAUGCGCUGCUCGGAUUUCUGUGACUACUUCUACCGCGUUAAGCGCGAUGAUAAGCAGAACAGUAUGAUUGAGCGCGAGAGUAUUUCCACGGUCAUCUGAAGGACAGAAAAGACGAAGGGAAUAAAUUGCUGUGGAUUUGUACUUGAUAUCAGAGUGCUGCCUUUCCUCGGCUAAUCGCGCAGCAUGGCGUUUUGCUCCCCUACACUGCUAUUAGGGGUUCUGGUGCUGGCGCCAUGCGAAUGCAAAAGAGCUAGGGAAUAUGGGAAUGAAUCAAUGAAUGGAGAUACAUUCAUGGACUACGUUGUGGUCGAUUUUGAUGAAUCGACUUGGGAUUCGGUAGAGGUCUAAUGUUUAUUACCUCUACCUCUGUGUGUACCUAAUGUCUAGGUCGAUAUCUGUCUAGAUAGAUACGUAGGUGUAAGACGUAAUACGACG